AUGGUCAACGAUCGACCGGUGGUAGCACCGGUAAGUAAUUCUAUAUAUUUGUUAUUUUUAAGCGGUUUUGUGGAUUUUUCUGAAGGUUUUGAACUUUUAAAAACUUUGGAUUUUUUUUUGUUAAAAAUGGGUGUCAAAAUUGUCCUAGUUUAACCAUUUCCUCGAGCACUUUUCGUUUUUUUAAAUUUAUUUUUUGUCAUAAUGAGCAGUUGAUAAAGUAUUUUAAAGUUUUUUAAUGGACAGUUAAUAAAAAGUGUUUUAAAACUUUGAAAACGGACAGUUAAAAAGUGUUUUGAAAUAACGGUUGUAUCAUUUUAGCCGCCUCCAUUAGCAAAACCUCCAGAAGCAAAACCUGUAGAAAAGAAACCAGUCAAUCAGUCGAAAAAGGAUGUAAAACCAACACCGCCUGCUAACCCAGAGGUAAGAAAGACUUAUUAUUUUUAGAUUUUUGCGUUCAAAAUCUUUAAUCUUGAGCUACUUUUUGAUAUGAUUAACGCCUAAAAGCCUAUUUUCUUAUUUCAAUUUUUUUAGAAAUCAAAGAAGAAACAAGCAAAGAGUAAAAAGGAAGAAAAAGAAAAGUCCAAGAAGGAAGAAUCCAAGAAACCGGAAGAAAAGAAGGAAGAAAAAGAAGACAAGAAGUCUGAAAACAAGAGUGAAGAAAAGAAGGAAGAGAAGAAAGAGGAAGGAGACAAGAAAGAAGAAAAGAAAUCAGAAGCGAAAGAGGAUAAGAAGGAAGAGAAGAAGGAUAACGAUGUGAAACAGAGCAUGAUCAACACGCUAGAUGAUGGUAAAAGUCGGAAGCCGGACGAUGGGUACGACAACUUGGAUCCGAAUCAAGGCCCUGAUGAAAAUUGUAGGUUUAUAUUUUUUGGUUUAUGGGUAGGGCAGGGGUGGUUAUUUUGAACAGUGGGGAGUAGGGGGGGGGGUGUUUUUUUCUGGAGGUUGGAGGUGAGGGAGGGGAAAGCGGGUAAUGAAUGUCGACUUAAAAAUUGAAUUUUCGGUACGAAGAAGUUUUUUUUGUGAAACUUUACUAAAAUUUUUCUGACUGUGGGUCCCACCACGAAAAUCCUGAAUUUCAAGAACAUGUGUAUUUUUUUGCAAAAUGUGUUAGGUGGUGAAGGAUAAGAUCUAUUAACUAUAUUUUUUCGUUUUUAGUGGUGGUGCCAGACAAUAAAGACGAGAAGAAGGAGUAG